AACAAAGGGUGCUAAAAAUAUAAAAAAGGUCGGUGGGUCGAGGCGAUCGACCCCACUGCACCGUCUUAACCCAACGUCGCCGCUGUUCGAGUGCAACGCGUCCAAGAUAACCGUAAAUAUUCCACCCCUCCCCCAGACCCCAACCAUCCCGCUGGCGUGCGCUCUCUACGACCCCCACGAUGUCUCGGCAGUCGGGUCGCACGCCGCUGCCGGGGCGUGGUGGGGGCAUCACACACACACCCACACCCACGUACCCACCGCCCACCCGCAUCCGCACCCGCAUCCGCAUCCCCAGGCGCAUCCCACCCUGCCCGCCAUGCAGCAACACCACCUGCAACAGCAGCAGCAGCAGCAACAGCAGCAGCAGCAACAACAGCAGCAGCAGCAGGAGCAACAGCAUCUGCAGGAGCAGCAGCAACAUCUGCAGCAACUGCACCACCAUGCGCACCAACACCUGCCUCAGCCUCUGCACACCACCAGCCAUCACCACAGCGCGCAUCCACACCUGCAGCAGCAGCAACAGCAACAGCAGCAGCAGCAGCAACAUGCAGUCGUCGCCUCCUCGCCCUCCUCGGUGCUCCAGCAGCAGCAACAGCAGUCAACGCCCACCACACAUUCCACGCCCACGCAUGCGGUCAUGUACGAGGAUCCCCCGCCUGUGCCAAUUGUCGCCGUGCAGCAGCAACUCCUCCCCGCUCCGCAGCAGCAGCAGCAACUCCAGCAGCAACAGCAGCAGCAGCAACAGCUGGCGACAACACCGGUGGCCGGCGCCCUCAGUCCCGCCCAAACACCCACUGGACCCUCCGCCCAACAACAGCAGCAACAACAGCAGCAGCAGCAACAUCUCACAUCGCCCCACCACCAGCAACUGCCGCAGCAGCAACAGACCCCAAACAGUGUUGCCAGCGGCGCCUCCGCGAAUCUCCAGCAGAAUGCUACAGUUGCUCCUGGCCAGACACAGAUCGUUGCGCCCACCACGGCGAGUGUUUCUCCCUCCAGUGUUAGUUCUCAGAAGGAAGACAACAAUAUGUCCAUCCAAUUAGCGCCCCUGCACAUACCCGCCAUGCGGCCGGGAUUCGAGCCGGACACCUCGGCGGCGGUCAAGCGGCACCCGGCACACUGGACCUACAACGAUGACGCAUUCAACCAGUAUCCCGGCUACGCGAAAGGGCACUACGACCGCAACCACAUGUUCCCCUACCCCUAUCCAGACACCAGCCAGUUUCCGGUUUACUGGACCGGAGGCUACCGCGCCGAUCAGGGCAGCUCCGCCAGCACCGCGGCGGCAGUGGCCUAUAUGAACGAACAGGAUCGCCACGUGAGCGCCGCCGCCCGACAGUCCGUCGAGGGCACUUCGACGUCCAGCUACGAGCCGCCCACCUACUCCUCUCCAGGCGGACUGCGCGGCUAUCCCGGCGAGAACUACUCCAGCUCAGGAGCCUCCGGUGGAUUGUCGGUGGGUGCAGUGGGUCCUUGCACGCCCAAUCCCGGACUGCACGAGUGGACCGAGGUGUCCGUCCGGAAAAAGCGAAAGCCGUACUCCAAGUUCCAGACCCUGGAGCUGGAGAAGGAGUUCCUUUUCAAUGCAUACGUGUCCAAGCAGAAGCGCUGGGAGCUGGCCAGGAUACAGUUGACCGAGCGACAGGUCAAGAUAUGGUUCCAGAACCGGCGCAUGAAGAACAAGAAGAACUCGCAGCGCCAGGCCAAUCAGCAGAAAAACAACAACUCGAGCAGCAAUCACAACCACUCGCAGGCGACCCAGCAGCACCACAGCAGCCACCACCUGAACCUUAGCCUAAACAUGGGUCACCAUGCUGCCAAGAUGCACCAGUGACCCUUGGACAACAGCAGCGCGGGCGCCAUGGGCUUUGCCACCUACUAGCAGUUAGCCAAUCCGAGUGGGGUCACCAACCAGCCCAACUCGAAUCCCCAACCCAUGUCCGAUCCGAACCACCAUCAGCUAAUUAAGAACGAGCUGGCCAUGGACUUUCCAUGUUAGCCAGGCGACAGAGAUGCUCCAGCCAGGCCGAGUGAGGUCGGUUAAAUGUACAAAACUCCAGAGAUCUCUAGGAUGCGGUAAGGAUAAUAUAUAGCCUGAAACCAGGUCGAGGAGGAUCAGGAUGACAGCUGCCCAGGAGUGCGCAGGCGUCGCUGAUGUUGAUUAUGUGACCAAUCGACGUUGAUGGAAAUGCAGUUAGUUAUUAAGUCAGUUCUACGGAUCCCCAGGGAUCCCCUGAGGUCCCAAACCCAACACGAUAAUGCAGCUUAGUUUGGUAGUUGAAUAUAGAUACGAGUAAGAUGAAGAAGAAGCCGUAGCAGAUGCACUUGAAAUUUCGCAACUGUACGAAAAUAUAUGUAUGUACGUAUUUCUCUCAAACGCUCUCAUUUACCUAGGCGAGCACUAUGAAUUUUCCGAACUAUAAAUUAUGAAUAUGAAUAUACUUAAACGUCAGUGAAUAUAACCCCGCAUAAAUUAUGAAUACACGCGUUCGAGUAGUAGAUUUUACCAUAACUAUCCACUUAAGAGUUAGGCAGAGCAGAGCAGAGCAGCGCAGAGCACAUUGUAGACCCAGAUAAAUGUUCUUGAAACAAAAGAAAUUGUUUAACAAUUUUCGGACCCCUCACAGCCCCCCGCAAAAACACAAACACACACACACUCCGCAGUCUAGGAUAAAUUUUGUCGUGUAAUGUUUUUCGUCGUGUCGUGUCCUUUGAUACCUUCUAAGUUCCUGUAUAUAAACUAAGACAUCGCGCUGAUUUCCGGCCGAAGCAAGCACUCGAUAACUAAAUUAAUGCAGAUAUAUAUACUGCGUACACGCAGAGAUAUUCAAUACUUGUAUGAUAUGAACUCGAAUUCGAUUUUAGCAAAUGGUUAAUCGUAAGUCGCAAAUUUUCAAUGAGUGUGUGCAUGUUUACUCCAUAGUUGAAGUCGCUUUCGAAUUAAAUUAACUCUAAAACGAUGAAAAACAAAAAAAAAGGGGAAGAAAACUACUCGUAAAGCUAAAGCAACAAAAACUAAAGAGAAAUAAUUUAACUGAAGUAAGCGAGUGUGAAAAAAUGAGGUGGGGAUGUGUCGAGGAGGAGUAAUUAGCAUACCGUAACAGCUACUUAUAUAACUUACACAUAGUACAUAUAGUAAUCGUACAUAUGCAUACAUAUAUUUUCAUGUGUAUCGACGCCGCUUGAUCCUGAUAUUAAGUCUAAGUUUAGUUGUGUUGUGUAAUUAUCGAUUUUGUUAAUGUUUUGCCCCGAGCAUUAUAUUAUUAUGCUAAACCUAUACCUACACCUACACCUACACCUAUGCCUGUCAUUAUAUGUGUAUAAUUAGCCUAUACAUACUUGAUGAAGAAAUGAUUUCACCCACUGCUUUAUUCAUGUUCUUGUAUUAUUAUUAUUUCGAGCCCUCGAUAAGUUGUAGUCUAAAGUCGGUUAUGUUUAUGAUUAUGUUCGAUUAUAGUUUGUUUAGUGAAUUUUAAUCUAGCGUUAGCAAUUCUCUUUUUUAAAAAGUUAAUUAUUGUGAAUAAAAUACAACAAGUUGCAGAUGUGCAAGAAUA